UUUUAGUAUGUUCAACAGUAAAUGCUUAUAUUCAAGCAUUUCAUGGAGAUUUUACUAUUGAACUUUAUCGAGCACAUGUCGAAGAUAUUGCUAAAAUUUUAUUAAUACAUAUGGAUGAUCAAAAUACUCAAAUUCAAAAUGCUGUUUUUGAUACUGUUUUUCAAUUUGCAACUCAAUUGAAAGAUGCAUCAGAAAUAUUUAUUAAUGAAAUUCGUAAUGUUAAACAUAAACAUCGUAAUCAAACUUUAUGCGAUACAUUAAUUGAACGUAUUCAAAAGUCAAAAUAA